AUGAAGAAAAGGUCUGAUCACGCUCUGGCAGUGCUCGAUUUCCACCGAGCAGGAUCCAGAGCAUCGAGGCCAUGGAAAAAUGGCGGGAUCACGGAAUCGAGCCUGAGCGCCGCGAGGAAGAAAGGCUCAAUGCCGGUUGUGAUUUCUGGAGGAAAUCUCUACAUAGAGGUAUACAGGGAGUGCCCGCAAAGCGGUAACAUCUUCAUACCGUGGGGGCUUUUGCUGUUGCUUGAAAGAAAAUUUGGUCAGGAUCAUGAGGAUGAUCAAGCUCCAGCUCCAUUUUUUAGCUAUUGCACAACCAAUGAUACACUUGACGUACCGUUUCCUGACCUCUCAUUCUGGGGAUGGCCGGAGGUGGAUAUCCCUCCGUGGGAGGAACAGUCUCAGCCGAUCGUCCCUGGCUCUUGGGAGAAAUGGAUUUCAAGACUCAAGGCUGUCACAGCAAUGCAAAGACAGGUAAAUGGUACCACGUUGACUUUUGUGUCCAUGUUGACUUUGUUGUCCAUAUUUAACAUUUACGUGGAAGGGGCCGCAUGGUCAGCGAGCCUGAAAUACCGGAUGGCUGAAGCAAUUGGCAGGCGUGGGCAGGAUUUUAUAACCCAGGAAUUGACAAUGGACCACGUCUACAGCUAUAUGGUUGAGCUUUUAUCACAGUAUGCAAAGCUGCAGAGGUGCACUCCCACAGUACCUCAUGGAACUCAGAUCUUGUGUAAGGAUGUAAUCAAGAGCCUCUUGAUGUCAAAGUAUUCGUGGGAUAAAGUAUAG